AUUUAAAUCGUUCACGGGUAGAUUCCACCAGUAAAUAAUUAAUAUUAAAAUAUAACAUUAAAAUGUGUGUAGGUAUAUAAAUAGUCGUCUAAUUUUUUAUCCAAUACUGGUUUAAAGUUUUCUAACAAUAGUUUUCAAAAUGAAAUUGUUUUAUUUAUUUGUGAUUUUGAGUUUUUUGGCAACGUUGGUAUUUGGUCAGACUGAAUUGAACUGUGGUAAAAAUUCCCACCAAGGAUGCGUUCCUUGCUGUCCGAGUCCAACUUGUAGAUAUAGAAAUCCAGAAUGUCCUGAUGACAAAGUAUGCACAGACCAAUGUACGUUUACCUGUUUAUGUGAUAAGGGUUACAUCUACGAUGACAUAGGAUUUGUUGGUGGCUGUAUACGUCCCAAGGAUUGUCCAAGAAUUGGUUGAGCAAUGAAUGGGUUAGACCAAAAUAAAAUAAUAAUAAUUUGUGCAGUAUGUAAAUAAAGGAAAUUAAUUUUAAAAA